AUGCGUUCGGCAAGCACCCUGGAGGUUGUUUCCUCGCAGCUACAGCUCUACGCAACCUCCACCGUCGGCUCCAGCAUGAGGAACAUCGCCAGCAACGCGCUGAAGCGCGUCGGCCAAGUUGGAUUGCUCAAGCAUGUCACAAGCCGGUCGUCUGGAGUGCUUGCGUGUUCAUCGGCGCGCAGAACUCUCCACGCCAGCCCUUCGCGACGCACCGAUGGCGUCUUCCGCGAGCUCACUGCCAUGCGCGUGCGUACACCCUGGGUAGAAGCUCUGCGCCAGCAGCAAGCCGAGGGGAAACAACACAAGGAGCCUUCAGGAAAGCCUGAAGUUCCCAAAGACCGAAAAUUGACACCGAAGCGUAUGGAUGAAAGCUACCACUCAGUUGUGCUUCCAUUGGCUCAAGACCCAUGGAUACUCGACACAUACCUCAACUCCUCGGGCCACAUACGGCUCGGAACCAUCUUCAUGGACCUUGAUGCACUCUCAGGCAUCAUUGCGUACAAGCAUACCGGAGACGAUGUGACCACAGUCACGGCUAGUUGCGAUCGCAUUACCAUUCACUCUCCACUGACGGAGAUAUGUGACUUAGAGUUGUCCGGGCGCGUUACCUAUGCGACUGGCAGGAGCAGUUUAGAGAUUACUAUGCAGGUUGCCAAAGCACCUCAGAAGGGCCAACAGGCCAAAGACGAGGAUGUGCUGAUCAAUUGCACAUUCACCAUGGUCUCCCUAGAUCCAGGCACCAAGAAGCCGGUAAAUGUCAACCCCUUGAUCGUCGAGACGGCUGAAGAGAAACGCCUGUAUGCUUUGGGCGAACGCAACUCCAAGGUGCGCAAGGAGCGCCGCGAUACUUCCCUGCUCAAACAUACGCCCAACGAUCUCGAAAGCGACCUCAUACACGCCUUCUGGCAGAAGCAGCUGCAGUACCAUGAUCCCUACGACGAGCUUCGCAAGCCAGAUAACGUAGUCUUCAUGGACGCCACCCGUCUCCAGACUGCUACAAUCAUGCAGCCACAAUACCGCAAUCGACACCACUUCAUGAUCUUCGGCGGUUUCCUUCUCAAGCAAACCUUCGAGCUUGCCUUCACUGCCGCCGCCGCUUUCGCACACGCCCGUCCAACCUUCGUCUCCCUCGAUCCCUCUACGUUCCAGAACCCUGUGCCUGUAGGCAGCAUACUAUAUCUGACCGCCACGGUCGUAUAUACAGACCCACCCCUGAUUGGCGCACCCGACGAGAAGGUCGACGAACAAGCCGGGUACACACGUGUGCAGAUUAGAAUCGAUUCCAAGGUCCGCGAUGUUGAACAUGGCCACUCUAAGCCUACUGGCCAGUUCAAUUACACGUUUACCGUGCCAAAGAACAUUAGGGUUAUGCCCAGAACAUAUCAGGAAUUCAUGAUGUACAUUGAUGCGAGAAGGCGAGCUGAGCAGGUCAAGCGUACGCUGGAAGAAGGAUAUGGUGUUAGCCCGAAGACGGCGGAGGACAGUUUGACGGAGUAA